AUGAAAGUUACAUUAACCGAUGCACAAAAGACUGCAUUAUGUAUUUAUGCUCAUGAUAAUAAAAUAACUCGAGCUAAAUAUGUUGAUUGGAUAGAACAACAAUGGGGUGUCAGAAUUGAUGAAAUCUCAAACUCUAAUGUAAAACGGCAUAGAGCUGUUACUGUUUCAGAGGUUGAGCUUGCGCUAAAGGAGUUCGUGUUGAAUUAUCAAUAUAGGACAAUUUUAAGCGAUACUAUCUUGAUUCAAAAAGUGAAGUUACUCGCUGCUGGGUUAGGAGUUCCUGAAGGAACAUUACAAUUUUCUUCCAGCUGGCUGCAAAAGUUUAAAGAAUGUAAUGGUAUUCGACAAAUAAAGCUUCAGGGUAAAGCUGUAUCUGCAGACAAUGAUGCUAUUACUAGCACAUUACCAUUGUUAAGAUCUAAAUGUGCCAAUUAUUCACUUUAUAGAAUAUACAAUAUGGAUAAAACUGGGCUUUUUUAUUGCUUAGAACCGGACCGAAUCUUGGCAACCCAUCGUAUUGCUAGGUGUAAAGUAGAUAAAGAACAUAUUUUAGUUGCACUAUGUGCAAAUGCAGAUGGCUCAUAUAAACUAAAUCCGUUAAUAAUUGGAAAAUAUCAAAAGCCAAGAUGUUUCAAAAAUAUAAAUAUCAAAAACAUGCCAUUUAUAUAUCGGAAUAAUACCAAAGCCUGGAUGAUCACAACAUUCUUUCAAGACUGGUUUAAAGAAUUUGAUCACCAAGUCAGUUUGAAACAUGAUGGUCAACGUGCACUUCUGCUUUUAGACAAGUGCUCCAGUCAUAAAACUGAUUAUCUAAAUCUACAAUAUGUAGAUGUUUAUUUUUUAUCUGCAAAGACAACUUCAAAAAUUCAACUGAUAGAUGCCGGGAUAAUUAUGAAAGAUUUAAAAAUGGACGUCUUACAAGCUAUUCGAUACGCUAUUCAGGAUUGGGAAGAAGUAAGUGCUGAAACUAUUCGUAAUUGCUGGCGACAUACUAAAAUUCUUCCUAUAAGCUCUAAUGUGGAUCUACAAAAUCUUUCUAAAAAUAUUUGUCAAGUUGAAGAGUUUUUAUCUAUCCCCGAAGAAAACUUUGUUUAUGAAGUUCCUGAUGAUGAUUGUAUUAUUUCAGAGAUUGUUAAAAUUUUUAAAAAAAAUGAAGAAGAUUUAGAUGAAACUGAAGAAAUGGAUAAUAGUUCUGAGAUUCCUAUUGUUAGUGCUGAUUUAGUACUUGAAAGUUUGGAGACUGUUUAUAUAUAUCUGCUACAACAAGAUAACACAA